AUGGACUUGAUGAAUAGUCUAUUCCAGCCAUAUUUAGAUCCGUUCGUAAUAGUCUUUAAUGAUGAUAUUCUGGUUUAUUCACGUUCAGAGGAUGAGCAUGUGGACCACCUGCGAGCGUCUGUAGCAUUCUUGGGGCACAUUGUAUCCGACGGAGGUAUAAAGGUAGACACUCAGAAGAUUGAGGCUGUGAAAUCCUGGCCUAGACCUACCACUCUGACAGAGAUUCGUAGCUUUCUAGGCUUAGCAGGAUAUUACCGGAGGUUCGUAGAGGGGUUUUCUUCUCUUUCAGCACCAUUAACGAAGUUGACGCAGAAAGCAACUAAGUUCCAGUGGACAGAGGCCUGUGAGCAAAGUUUCCAGGAGCUUAAGAACAGGUUGACCUUAGCGCCAGUUCUAGCAUUUCUAGAGGGCCCAGAUGAUUAUGUCAUGAAUUGUGAUGCCUCAGCUGUCGAGUUAGGAUGUGUCCUGAUGCAACACGGGAAAGUAAUUGCGUAUACUUCAAGGCAGUUAAGGAAGCAUGAGCGGAAUUAUCCGACACACGACCUCGAAUUAGCUGCGGUUGUCCAUGCACUUAAGAUACAACGACAUUAUUUAUAUGGUGUUCAUGUUGAUAUAUUCACAGAUCAUAAAAGCCUAUGUAGCAGAGCUACGAGACAGGAUUAUGUCAGAGGCACAUUAUUCGUGUACUCCAUUCACCCUGGGUCGACGAAGAUGUAUCAUGCCAUUAAGGAGGUGUAUUGGUGGAACGAUAUGAAGAAGAACAUUGUUGAGUAUGUCGCUCAGUGUCCUAGUUGCCAGCAGGUGAAGAUAGAGCACCAGAAGCCCGGAGGGCUAAUGCUGACUAUGGAGAUCCAGACAUGGAAAUGGAAGGCGAUAAACAUGGACUUUAUCACGGGCUUACCUCGUUCUCAUCGUAAGUUCGAUUCCAUAUGGAUGAUAGUCGAUAGGCUCAUGAAAUCAGCUCAUUUCCUACCGGUCAGAUCUACAUAUACAGCAGAAGAUUAUGCAAAGUUAUUUAUUAAAGAGAUAGUGCGACUACACGGAGUGCCGAUAUCUAUUAUAUCUGACCGUGGGGCCCAGUUUACAGCACAUUUUUGGAGGUGCAGAUCUCCUAUAUGGUGGUUUGAUGUUGGAGAAUCUAGGUUACGUGGGCCAGACCUGGUUCAGCUGGCCAUAGAAAAAGUAAUGCUUAUUCGGGAGCGACUGUUGACAGCUCAGAGUCGCCAGAAGUCAUAUUUUGACGUGCGGCGACGAGAUUUAGAGUUCGGGGUUGAUGACUGGGUAUUCUUAAAGGUGUCACCUAUUAAAGGUGUGAUAAGUCUGUUGCUUACGGUGGGAACUGACAGAGAACAUGGUUCUCCAUAUAGCUUGGUGGACGCUUAG